AUGCAUAAUCAUGUCAAUAUCUUAACUGAACUUGACUCAACCUCCGCACAAAUAAAAAUAGAAAACGAAAUCACCCAGGUUACGGCGGUCUACAAAAGUCCAAGCGCUACCUUAAAUUCGUCAGAUUUGGAUGCGUUAACCAAUCACAAUGGCCCACUCAUAAUCGGCAGUGAUCUAAACGCCAAGCACACAGACUGGCACAGUCUAUGCUCCAAUAAAUCAGGCAAGACCCUAGCGCAACACGCCGAGUCGUCAAACCGAUACUCGGUCGUGGCUUCCGACUCGCCGACCUACUUCUCAUAUGUUCCUACGCACCACCCAGAUGUCCUCGACAUCUUUUUACUUGAUACGCCGAACUGGAACUACUCCGACCAUCACCAACCUCUGCGACCUUUCUUCUGA